AUGUCUAUCAAAAUAAUAUUGGGUAUUUGUGCUAUGGAGGAAAAGUUAGAUGUAAAUAAAUCUAAUCCUAUAAAUCCUCUAGCAAUUAAAUAUUCUGAAUUAAGAAAACCAUAUGAAAUAAAUCAUCUAAAAUCACAAAGACUCUUGACGAAUAGAAAGUCCUUUUAUCAAAUGCUUGAAAAAAACAAUAUUCCGACACCAAGAAAAAUUUAUAUCGUUCGUGAAUCGAAUGAGACAACAAAAUAUGUUGAAAAUGAAGAUUUUAUUGAAUGUAAUGGAGAAAGAAUAUAUAAGCCGUUUAUUGAAAAGCCAUUCGAUGCUGAAGAUCACAAUAUAAAUAUUUAUUAUCCAAAGUCACAAGGAGGUGGUUGUAGAAGACUGUUCAGAAAAGUUGGAAAUAACUCUAGUAUUUACCUUCCAGAAGUUAAUAAUAUAAGAACCAAUGGAUCUUAUAUUUACGAAGAAUUUGUAACAUUAGAUGAUGCAAAAGAUGUAAAAGUAUAUUCAACACCAACUCAAGCUUAUGCUGAGUUACGUAAAUCACCAUCAGUAGAUGGACACGUCGAGAGAAAUUGUCUUGGAAAAGAAAAAAGAACUGAAACAAAUCUAAGUGAGUUGGAAUCAAGACAUGCAAUUCAAAUUAAUAGAAUAUUUAGACAAUUUAUUUGUGGAUUCGAUAUUCUAAGAACAAAAGGAGUUUCUUAUAUUUGCGAUGUAAAUGGAUGGUCGAUGGUAAAAGGAAGAAAUCAAAAUCAUUUCUACGAUGAAGCUAGCAGAUAUCUAAGAGAUAUACUCAAAAGCCAACAUGCCUUGAAUUCAGCAAACAACAGUUUAAACUUUUCACCAGACACAGCAUCGACUUCGCUCUCUUCAUCUUCUUCCAUAACAAACUCACUAUCAUCAUCCUCCAAUUCCAUCUAUAAUAUAAUCAAUGUAAUGAAUCACAGAUUAGAAUCAAAUGUAAGCUACAAGAGCCAACGUUACAAUCAUUCAGAUGUUGAAAGAGUACGACAUUGUCGAAAAUCAUACAUUUCUUUUUGCAUCACCACCAAUCCUUUCUUGAAAUCUAAAUCGUUUGUACAUUAUCAGUCCUAUAUUAUUAUGAGCAAUAUUGAUAUUUCACCAAGAGACUAUUUUUUUUUCUCUUUCACCAUGGGUUCAACAAUUCUCUUUUUAACUAUAGUUGGUUACACAGUAAGUGUGGUCAGUGGAGCAGAUGUCUUAUUCAAAGAUCCUUCCAAAAGAAUUCAAAAUGUCUUGAAUAUUUGUUUCUAUAGUUUAGUUAAAAUGAUAAAUGAUUAUGUUACAGCUUUAGAAUAUAAUAAUUAUUUAAAGAAA